AUGGAUCCGACACAGCCAAAGCCUCAACUCAAGGUCAAGGAGGUCAUCGGGGCGCUAUGCAAGAAAAUCUUUCAGGAGAUAGAGAAGGUCAACCCACAACAAGCGCAGCUCUUCAAGAGAGAAGUCCUGACAGGGGGGAAGACUGACAUACAACAGUACUUGCAAUUGGCGGACCAGUACGUUGAGCGAUAUGCAAUGCACAUGGCCCCCGACGUAGAAUCAGUCAGGGAAAUGCUUCCAACCCAAGUGCGCCCAGCAAUCAGGUCCCAAUGUCCAACCAAGCAUCGCAUCAUGGUUCAGCGACCUACGGCUCAACUCAUGCGAGCCAUCAAGGCAGCGCUGCUCUCCCUGGCAGCUCGACGAGAAGCGACUCCAUCCAUCGCUUUCAGCAGCCCGUCCCCAGCCAGCAGGUGCCGACACCUUAUGGCUCCAAUAGCACGGGGCUACAACAGCAAAGUACCGCCCAGCAACGAAGCUCCGUACAGCCAGGGACCAUGCAACCAGGGGCCAUGCAGCCGGGAAACAUGCAUCGAAGCUCUGUACCGCAAGGGGGGGGGCAGCAGGGAAAUGUGCAGCAAGGAGGGAUGCAGAGAAGCUCUGUACCCCAGGGAGGGAUACAGCAGGGGGUUGUACAACAAGGGGGUAUACAGCAGGGGAGCUUGCAGCAGGGGGUUAUACAGAGAAGCUCUGUACCCCAGGGAGGGAUACAGCAGGGGGUUGUACAACAAGGGGGUAUACAGCAGGGGAGCUUGCAGCAGGGGGUUAUACAGAGAAGCUCUGUACCCCAGGGUGGGGUGCAGCAGGGAACUAUGCGAGGGUCGUUGCCUCAGACUUCGUCAGGUUCACUUCCGAUGCAAAAUCCGAGCGGAGCGAAUCAAGGAGCCAGUAAGCAGUCAGACUCGACGACGUCAACCUGAUAUUCUUGUUUGCCCACCAGGUGCUCCAUCCUCCUACACCUCCGCCUCGAACAUGCCAAGUGUAAAUCGAGGAGCUGUGCCAGUCACUCAAACUCCAGUGCCUGGCAGUGGCAGUGUGGCUCCUGGGGCUCUGCCUGCUGCACCUGGUGGGGUUGCUCGGACUAUGCCAGUGAGCUACAACACGACCAGCCCGUCAACUUCGUUGAGCUCCUCGUAUGACUCGACCGCCAUCGGCUUGAUGUCGACUGUCGGCAUCCAAAAGCCGGUAGGCGGCAGCACGUGCACUCGUCAGGGAACGGCGACGGUGAAGAGCACAGACUGUAAAGCUUGCAAGGGAAAACACGUCAAGCACACGUGCUCGAAGGCGAAGCCGAUCUCAGAUUCCAACCGCAAGCCGGGGCAGGAGUAUGGCACCGGCAGCUCUCCUGGCAGCGCGUCGUCUCCCGCCCCCAUGCCGCUUCCCAGCAGCUCGACGAGCCAUAUGGGGCUGACAGGACAGAUGGACGUGUUGGGCAAGCGGACCAGAGAUGGGGACUACGAGGAUCCGAUGCAAGUGAAGCGCGUGAAACCUGACGGGAUGACCGCACAGCCUCACGACAGCAACACGAUCUACAAGGACCAGUUGCAUGCGAAGAUGCAGCAGGUCGAAGAGGAAAGGAUGAUUUUCAAAGCGAGGAAGAAGCAGCAGGAAGACGAUCUGUCCAGCAAGAAGACCAAGUGUGAGGUCUGUCAAUCGUCCUUUCCCCAUAAGGCUACCGAUCAUCAGUUCAAGAAAGCUGGGGUUGUGCUGUUGGAGUCCAUCGAACAGCAAGCAUACUACUGUAUGCGAUAUGCCUGCGAGCAGCGAGUCAAACACGUCCUGAGCCACCUCAUGUCCAUCUCGAGGAAUCGAUUCGAUCAGCUGAGAAACAACAAGGCGAAUCUCACAGGGAUGGUGCGCGAGCAGGACGUCAAGGAACAAGCGAAGCAGUUGCUGAAGCAACUUGAGAUGCAAGAGGAGUCGAAGAAGCAGGAGCAGAGCAAGAAGGAUCAGAACUUUCACAGCCUGGCCAACCAGACAGCUCUCCUGGCCGUCGGAAGGGCUGGAGGGUCAGCGGGAGGAGGCACGAGCGUGUCCAACGCGGUGAGGAGGAUCGAGCUGCGAGACAUCCUCCACCUCCUAGAGCGCGAGUCGAGGCUGCGGAAGUCGCACAUCAUGUAUAGGGCGUACAUGCGCUUCCACGAGGAUCACAUGCGGCGGAUCGCAGCCAACGCGAACGCGUAA